UUUUACUUCAUACAUGCCUGACCAGCGUCACGGGGGCUCACGCUGACGACAUUCUAUUUUUGGCAUACCCAAUUCGACAUGCCCGCCGUCAAGGUGGCGCCUCUCGGUCGGGGCUUCCUCCGCCAAUUGAGCAACCUCCGCGGGCCAAACACACAUCAGCACUCAAGUUUUGACAUGUGGGCACUGGGCAUCACAAUCGUCAUUGGCGGCCAGUACUUUUCGUGGAAUCGUGGCCUCGUAGCCGGGACCCUGAGUUGCGGCAUGUCCAUGGUCAUCACGGGCCUGGCGUACCUGUGUUUGACGCUUUCAAUGUCUGAAAUGACCAGCAUGCUGCCGUUCGCUGGCGGCGCGUACGGCCUGGCGCGGUGCACCCUCGGAUUCUACGUCGGGUUUCUCAUGGGGUGUUGCGAAGCGAUCGAGUAUAUCAUGUACGUCACGUGUUCCGUGGUGCAACUGGGUCGCAUGCUCACCACGAAAUGGCCUGAGCUGGUGAUGUGGCAGUUUGGUGUGUGGUUUGUGACGUAUGUGCUGGCAUGUGGGGGGCUCCUGGUAGGGGGGCGAGUGUUUUGGCGGUGGAAUGCCUUCUUGGCGUUGACGUCGAUCGGGAUCUUGAUGGUGUUUUGCAUUGGGUUGGCGGGACAAGUGGAUCUCGAGGCAAAUGCAGGGGGACGCGACUACUUGGUCAUCGGAGGCGCCAUGGAGUUUAUGAAGUCGUUUCCGCUCUCGGCGUGGUUCUUUGUCGGGAUCGAAGCCCUCAACACCAUGUCCAACGAAGUACACGAUCCCAAGGUGACCAUCCCCCGCGGCCAAAUCGUGUGUAUGCUGACGCUGCUCGUCACCGCCGCGUCGGUGUUUGUCGUCACCAUUGGACUCCCCCCCGGCAUGCCCGCUGUCUCCACGGAACUCAUGCCUCUGAACGCCGGAUUCGUCAUGCUCUUUGACGUGACUGCCAAAACGGCCACCCUCCUCUCCAUCCCCGCUACGUUUGCUACGAUCCAGGGGUUCAUUUUAGCCUAUGCAAACAUCGUGACAGCACUGGCGAGCUCCAAGUUGCUUCCGCAUGUGCUACAUCGAUCGUGGAACGGAUGUGGCGCCCCGUUGUAUGCGAUUGUCGGGGGAAGCGUCUUGAGCUUUGGGUUGUGUUUCGUCGACUAUUACGUCGACCAUUUGGAUGGAAUCAUGUUCAACGUGUGCAUGUUGUUUGCCAGCAUCGCGUACACGGCGCAGUGCAUUGGGUACAUCUACCUCAAGAGGAAGUACACGCGAUUCGACCGCGGGUUUCAAAGCCCAUUCGGCGUCGCUGGCGCGAUCGUGUCCAUGCUGGUGUGGAUCUUCACCAUGAUUUCCAUCGUCGGCUUCCAAGACGACCACGAAGUCAGUCUGAUUGUCGCAACGAGCAUCGUGGUAGUACUGACAUUAUAUUAUCACUGCGUGGCCAAGUACCGCCAGACGUUCUCGGAAGACGAGCGACGGGUGCUCUUCCCCGUGCAUGUGGCCAUCCUCAACUCCACCCCCCAAACCCACCGCGUGCUGCGCGGGCAUACUGUGUCCGAACGCAUGGUCAUGAACUUCAAUCCGUCGUUGCAAAAACUCAUGUUUAUACCCACAACGCUGCAUCUGUCGACCAUUCGAUCGGCCACCUCCAUUCAUGCGCCAGGCUCUAAAGGGGACGAAGAAAGGGAGCUGCCGCCACUGUCAGGACCGGCGCAAAAUGGAACGUCAUCAUCUUUUCGGCGCAGUGGGGACGGGAAUUCAGGUUGCAGCCGAGAACCCACCCCGCCAAUCAUCAGAGCCCCCACGGAAUGGGACCUACAGCUAUCUAGUCGGAGAGGGUCGACAGACCCUGAAUAAAGUCGUUUGUUCCCCUGGAACAUACAGUACAGUAACGCGCAUCUGUGCGACAGAGAUUGCACAGCUUACAGUGCGCCUAUACUAGUAGUAGGUCGCGUUAGUCUAUCCAGUUAACGUUGUUGCUUGAUUAUUACCACCGAUGCUAUUUGUAACGUCGAGUAACCAUGUCUAGUUUUCAUGCCUAGCGGUUUCAAAUUAUCAGCUCGGUUUCCCGUC